AUGUCUAGAAGCUUACAAGUAUAUCGCAAUCUUUUAAGAGAAUUCAAUACUCAAUAUACUAAAAAGGCCAACAAUCCUGUCUUUGCUAAUGAACUCAAGUCGAUUUAUCGUAAAAAUCAACAUGUGACAGAUCCCACCAAGAUUGCUGCUUUGAAUAACAAUGCAGAAAAUGUUUUGACUUUUUUAACAAGUUCUAGAAAACACAAGGAAUUGCGUGAGAUCUACUCUGCCAUUGUACUCGAACAGAAAAAGAAGAUUGAACUCUCAGCUAAUCGUGUAGGCUUGAACUUGCCUAAAGAAUAUGAUCCCAAGCAUCCUGAACCUUUGACUCGUGAAUAA